AUGCUCAUGGAGGGCAUUGGAGCUAUUGCAGAGUCGGCCCAGGCCGCAAAGGCCGAGGCGCACUCCCCGACAGGUACGGCCUUGGCUUCCCGCCAUCCCACUUCGCAAAGGAUCUUCACGCCGGCCGCGAAACUCGAGAUCACACCCGGCAAGGACGGUCUCAGAGGCGUCGCAAAGGAUGCUGACUUGCCGUAG